UAUCCUUUCCCGAGUUGUGAACACCGUGGCAAAGGGCGAUACCCUCCGUGUCCGCAUCAGCUGUACCCUACGCCGGAAUGCAUAAAACGUUGUGACACGCAAGAAAUAGAUUACGAAAAGGAUAAAACGAGGGCCAAUACAUCUUACAAUGUUUAUCCAGCCGAAAAAGCAGUUAUGAAGGAGAUUAUGCUCCGUGGCCCGGUUGGGGCAACUUUGCAUGUGUAUGAGGACUUUCUGGACUACCAAUCCGGUGUGUAUUUCCACGUUUGGGGUGGCCAUUUAGGUGAACAUGGAAUUCGUAUUUUGGGUUGGGGAGAGGAGGACGGUGUUCCCUAUUGGUUGAUUGCCAAUUCCUGGAACGAAGACUGGGGUGAGAAGGGAUAUAUGCGAGUACUCAGAGGGAGGAAUGAAGGCGGAAUCGUGGACCAAGUCACAGCCGGUCUACCAGACCUUUUUAACUUUCCAUAUUGA